AUGUGUAGCCUGGUUUCCCUGGUCACACCAGCCUCAGAGCCGUCAGCGUCUACACUGAAGAGGCACUCACUCUGUGCCAAGCCCUAUUCCAUCACACACUUAAUGCAAAAGGGCAGCACUGGAGUGAUGAUCUCCAUUUCCGCCCCACUGCGAUUGCUGGACCACCCCCAGGAGACAGUGGUAUUUCUGACCAUCCCCAAGAGAUAUGUCACAUGUGCUGAGUACAAAGUACUGGUCCAGGCACCACCCACGGGCAUCCUCUCUGCCAGGUGGUGCCAACUUUCUCCUGGAUUCCUCCCCACUGGCCAGUCCCUGGGACUGACACUGGUCCCCUCUGCCCACUCCAGGGUCUCAAGCCAGGAGGGGCCACAUCUGCAUGGCAGUUGGCCAGCAAAGAGAGAAAAAUCUCUGUAUUAG